GCGGCCAUGGCGCUCCCGCUCACCGCUCUGCGCGUCCUGCUGGGCAGCUUCUUCGCGCUCACGGGGGCGGCCAAGCUCUCGGAGCAGAUCUCGGCUCCGGUGUCGGAGCAGAUGAAAGCCCUGUUCGUGCAGUUCGCUGAGGUGUUUCCGCUGAAGGUGUUCGGCUACCAGCCAGAUCCCAUGAGCUACCAAGUGGCUGUGGGCUGGCUGGAACUGCUGGCUGGGCUGCUGCUGGUCCUGGGCCCACCGAUGCUGCAAGAGAUGAGUAACUUGAUUUUGACACUGCUCAUGAUGGGGGCUAUCUUCACUUUGAUGUCUCUAAAAGAGUCACUGAACACCUGCAUCCCAGCCAUCGUCUGCCUGGGGCUCCUGCUGCUGCUGGAUAUCUGCUAGCUCUAAGUCCAAACCAGAAAAGAUGUCCAGACCCACUAGGAAGAAGUCUCCAAGUCCAUUCAAGGAAUCCUGGGAGUAGAGUGUCUUGUCCCUUCAGGCCAUGUCACUGUCAAAGCAGAAAUGUGGUGGAACGCAGAGCAUCACCUUGUUACCCGUAUACCCAAGGGUGCCAGGUUGAAGUAGACAUUUGGUCUACCUGGCCCUGCUUUCUCAAGUAGACAUCUGGUCUGCCUGGCCCUGCUUUUCACUCGGACAUUUUACUGCUCUUUUUUUGAAGAGUCCGUGUUACAUACUCUUAGCAUUCCUCGUGUCAUGUGAAAGUAAAUUUAAAUCACCCGAACUUUUAAUGCCCCCAAAUAACUAUUGAUACUUUCUAUUCCUUUGUAUAACUGUAC